AUGGCAGAUAGUCAGCAGCCAGAGGAUGGCACCCCCCAGUGGUGCCCAUCAGGAGGGCAGGACCCCUUAGGCCCACAUGGGGCCAAUGCCUACUCCUCCUCCACCUACAGGGCCUGCCAGCCUGGGGGAGGACACAUGGCGGCAGCACCCUACCCUAAUGGCUUUAAUGGGGACAUGGCUGGGGCCCAUGCCAUAACUGCAGAGCAAGUGUCAGCACGGAUUGUACAGGAAGUGACAGCCGAGGCAGUGGCAGUGCUGAAGGGCGAACAGGAAACCCACGCAGACACGGCCAAGAGGCUGCCCUCAGUUGAAGACACCACCAACUUGCCUCCCUCUCCUCCACCAUCACCUGCUGCAGAGCACUUCGGCCCCUUGCAACAAGAUGUAGGGGAUGAGGAGGAGGCGGGCCCUCUGCGCCGCUUCCAAAAUUCUCGGGAGAGGUGCAAGUUCCUCGCCCCCUCCAUCUCUGUGUCAGUGCCUGAGGACGACCCCUACCACUCCGACGAGGAGUACUAUGAGCACCCAUUGUUCAGCCCUGAGUGGACGCACUCGGGCUCACGGCCCGCUGGGCAAGCUGUGGCCUUUAGACAGAUCGAAGAAGAGACCGUCGAGGCUCUUACAGCCGACUACGAAGAGGAGGUGGAAGUGGAAGAGGAGGAGGAAGAGAGUGCAGAGGCAACAGAAUCGGAGGCGGCUCUUGACGAGCAGCAGUGGAGUGGGGAGGAACCCGAGCUGGACAGCCCCCCAGCUGAGCUCUUAGAGCAGGCCCAGGCCAUAAGCCAGGCCCAGUCUCCAAGCCUGGAGCUGGUCCGGGCAGCUAGUGCUGCCACAGAAAGCCCAAAGGAGAGAGAGGAGGAGGAGGAGGAAGCAGAGGGUGGGGAGAGCCCUGCAAAAGCUUUGAAGAUGGACUCAGACAAGCAAGCCAGUGAGAAGAGUGGUUCCAUGAGCCCAGACAGCAUCGGAUCGGAGAGACGACCAGAAGAGUUGUUUGAGCCCCAGGUCCAAGGAUUCUUUGCCGGGGAGCGAGUGGUACCAGAAAGCCCCACCAUGGAGGACAUGCCCUCUUUUAUUCCUCCCAAUGUUCAGAAACAAGCCAAAGAACCCACAAGGUCACUCACUCUUCAGCCAGCAUACGGUGAGCCCAUCACGGUGUCUGAAAAGCAGGCUUCAGUGGAAGUUGUAGAAUUCAGCAGCAUCACUGCUCCAUCCGAUUUCUCUUCAAUUGGAGUCAAAGUUCAAGGAGGGGACUUAUCAAGAGAGGCAGGAGACAAAUCAGGAAUGUCAGCAUAUUUUGAAACCUCAGUCAUGGAGGUUGAUGAGGCUCCACAGCCCAGGGCUGAAGGUUACUAUGAACUAAGCACAACUGGAGAAGAGAAGCGCACAGCAGAUCCCUUGGCUCAGGAAAUUAGCUAUAGCUCUCUGGCCCAGGCACAGGACAAACCAGAAACACAAAAGAGUCUGGCAGAAGAAACCAAGGUGUUCACAGUUCCUGACAGGAGUAAUGAAUGUAGGCUCUCACCGGGUAAAUUGGCACUAGAGCAGAGAAGUUACUCGCUCAACAUCACUAUUGGAGCAAUCGAUCCAAGUGGCCAAGGCAGACUUAGAAAUUUCUCCCCUCUGGCUACAGAUAUAAUGUCUUACACAAGUGGAAGUCUGGAUGAGUCUGCGGACUACCUUCCAGUCACCACCCCGUCCAUGGAGAAGCCUCCACCCUUCCCUCCCCUGAUCAUGGAGACUGCAGCCUCUAUCACCUCAGACUCCUCUUCUCCUCCACAGAGCACUGAGCCAGCUACUAAAGGUAGUUCCCAACCAGAGUCUCCUGAAUCCCCCACUCCCAAGUAUUCCUAUAAAAAUGGUACAGUCAUGGCCCCAGACCUGCCUGAGAUGCUGGAUCUAGCUGGGACCCGUUCCAGACUGGCAUCAGACAACACCGACCCAGAACUUGUUAGGAAAAAGUCAAUCCCCUCAGAUGUUACUGCCUUUGCUGGCGACCCACUGGCUAAUCUGGUUUCAGGAGAACAGAGUCCUGUGGCCUUGAAGGGUGAAAGUCAGCUAGAAGAGAUGGGUUAUUGUGUGUUUAGUGAAUAUUCUGGGCCCAUGCCAUCCCCUGCAGAUGUUCUCAGCCCCAUGGGUUCCUCUGCACAGGUCUUUACCCCCUCUGUCCUGGAAGAGAAGGUGGCAGAGCAGGCUAGGAAACUAGCUGUCAGAGACACAUCUGUCGAGGAUAAGAGCCAGCCUUCAGGAGCUGAUGACAUCAUAAAAGCAAGUGAUCAAAAGGAAGCAGAGAGAAAAGAUUCUAUAGAAGAAAAAGGCAAAAUGGCAUCGGAUGGGCAGCUGAAUAAAUCAGGCAGUAAACCUGAUGGGACAACAUUUGGCCAACAAGCUGAGUCCUUUGUGACACCGACUGUCACUGUCACCCUUGAGGAGGGUGGGAGGUCAGAAAUUGAGCCUGAACGACAGCCCAGUGGUGAUGGUUCUGCAUCUGAAACAGAGAUUGCAGACUAUGAGCGGAAGAUCCGUAAGCUGGAGAUGGAGGACAGGCCCCUUAGUGUAGAGGAAGAAAGGGAGCUGAGGGAGCUGAGGGAGAAAGUCAAACUGGUCCACCAGGAGGCUUAUGAGGAGGUGGAUGCUGAGGAUGUCUACCAGCUGACUGGUGUAGCCAAGGACCGCAUUGCCAGACCAGUCAAGACCUCCCCAGCCUCCUCUGUAGAGAGCGCCAUAGAUGACGACAAACUACUUUCCCCAGUGCUGUCACCAGCUAAGCUCAAACAGAUGGAGGGCUAUGGUUCUCCUAAGAAGGGAUCCUUGCCUGUGGCAGGAACAAGCAAGGAUGAGAAAGAGAAGGAGAGUGAAAGUAAAAUGAAGGAGAACAUGGAGAAGGAAGAGGGAGACGGGAAAAAGGAAGAGAUUGAAGCAGUUGAGAAAGAAAAAAAAGACAAGGAGAUGAAAGAAAGACAGGUGAACGAAAUUAAGGAAAAAGAGGAAGAAGAGAAGAAAGAGAUGGAAAGAAAAAUUUGUGAAGCGAAAGAAAAGGAGGAGCGAGAAAGGGAAGAAAGGGAAAGGAAAAACAAGCUGGAGAAAGAUGAGAAAGAGAGAUUAGAGAAAGAGAGGCUGGAGGAGAAAAUUGAGAAAGAGAGAAAAGAGAGAGAGGAGAGGGAGAAGAAAGAAAGGGAGGAGAAAGAGAAGAAAGAGAAGGAGGAGAAAGAAAGGGACGAGAGGGAGAAGAAAGAAAGGGAGGAGAAAGAGAAGGUAGAGAAAGAGAAGAAAGAGAAGGAGGAGAAAGCAAGGGAAGAGAGAGAGAAGAAAGAAAGGGAGGAGAAAGAGAAGGAAGAGAUGGAGAAGAAAAAGAUUGAAGAGAGGGAGAAGAGAGAGAGGGAGGAAAAAGAGAGGGAAGAGAAAGAGAGAGAAGAGAAGGAGGAGAGGAAGAAGAAAGAGAAGGAUGAGGAAGAAAAGAGAAAGAGGGAGGAAGAAGAGAAGGCCAAUCAGAACGAGGCGGUAGAGGCUGAGAAGAUCACAGAGCCUGUAGAGAUGCCUGCUGUAACAGAAAAACCUGCAGAGGUCGCCCAAAUAUCUGGGAAAGUUGAGGAGCCAGUGAAGGAGAGCAGAGAGCCCAGUCAGCAGGUAGAUGGAACCAAGGCAGAGGCGGGGCCAGCGUCAGCCAUGAUUAAGGAGAUUCCUGAAACUCGUGCAGCCAUCGAGUCCGUGGUGAUGGUGGAGGAUGACUUUAUCACGGUAGUCCAGACGAUUGAUGAAGGAGAGGAACCAGGACACAGCAUUCGCUUCUCUGCUCCACCUGAAGUGGAGCUCCUCCAUGUCGUUGCUCAGAGAGAGGGAGGAGGAGAGGACGAAUCUGUGGAGGUGGCCCAAGAUGCAGCGAUGGAGAUCAGCAAUAUAGAGGAGGCAUCUGAUGGCCCUGAGGCUCCUGAGAGCCCCACCACCCCAGAGAAAGAGGCCCUGGCCACAGAAACAGAGGGACAGACAGAGAGCUACGACAGAGAUGAAACCACUAUGGAUGACUCCAUCUUUGACAGCUCCUGGGUCGACACUCAAGAUGAUGACAAAAGCAUGGCAACUGAGCAGAUUGAGUCCCUGCCCAAGAUGCCUUGCCUAGUAGAAACACCUGCUGUGGACCAGGCCAAGCAGCUGGAGCAGCAGCAGGCCAAGCAACUGAAACAGGAGAAGCUGGCAAAAUCCAAGCCAAGAGGAGGCAGGCCAAAAGGCCGCAUCUCCACACCGGAACGCAAACCCGUCCGCAAAGAACCAGUUUACAUCCCUAGGGAGGAAGUCAAAAAGAAGAAAGCUGUGAUAAAGAAGACAGAGGUCCAGACUCACUCGCCGUCCAGGAGGGGCUUGUUUAAACCGGCCAGCCGCCAGACCCGCCCCACCCAACAUCAUUCGUGUCCCCGAAGGAGAACUACAGGGCCAGUACCAGACGGCCGUCAGCCCUUCAGUGUUGCCCGACAGUCUCGAGACAGAGCCUCUGACGGUGGGUCACGGAGCCCUGAGAAGAGGUCAUCCCUGCCACGCCCUGCUUCCAUCUUAAGUCGCCGUGGUCCUCAGGAACAGGAGGAAAGCUCCACUUCCAUCACCAGUUCUGGCUCCACUGCUCCACGCAGACCCACAUCGUUCCGCACUGAGAUGAGGGCAGAGCAUAGAACAGGACGGGCCCCUAGCAUGACAGGUACAGAGUCGGCUCGCUCUCGUUCAGCUCGCAGCGGCCACUCCACACCCCGUACCCCUGGCUCCACAGCCAUCACCCCAGGCACCCCGCCCAGUUACUCCACAUCCUCGCGGACCCCCGGGACCCCACGCUCCCUCAACCUGAUCUCCCAGGAGAGAAAGGUGGCAGUGGUCCGCACUCCGCCCAAGUCCCCUGCCACGACACCCAAGCAGCUACGCAUCGUCAACCAGCCUCUGCCCGACUUCAAAAAUGUCAAAUCCAAGAUCGGCUCGACAGAAAACAUCAAAUACCAACCCAAGGGAGGCCAAAUUCAGAUUUUAAACAAGAAGCUGGACUUCAGUCACAUUCAGUCAAAAUGCGGCUCCAAGGAUAAUCUGAGGCACUCUCCCCGCGGAGGCAAUGUUCUCAUCCCCAGCGUUAAGUUGGACUAUAGCCAUGUUCAGUCUAGGUGUGGCUCCCUGGACAGGAGGGGCUUUUCAGCAGGAGGUGGAAACGUGCAAAUCCAGAAUAAGAAGAUUGACCUGAGUCAUGUGACAUCCAAAUGUGGAUCCCUAGACAACAUCCGCCAUCGGCCAGGGGGUGGUAACGUGCGUAUAGAGAGCGUAAAGUUGGACUUCAAAGACAAGGCCCAGGCCAAGGUGGGUUCCCUGGAUAACGCACAUCACACACCCGGUGGAGGCCGUGUCCUGAUUGAGAGCCACAGGCUGACGUUCCGUGACAACGCCAAGGCGCGGGUCGACCACGGAGCCGAAAUCGUCACCCAGUCCCCAGAGAUGUCUGGCUCGGUGUCUCCUCACCGUCAUCGCGACAGCCAGCUGUCCUCCUCUGGGAGCUUGAACAUGCUGGAGUCCCCCCAGCUGGCCACUCUGGCUGAGGAUGUCACUGCAGCCCUGGCCAAGCAGGGCUUGUGA